AUGUCCUUUCUCAACACUGCAGUCGCGGCUCUUUUGCCAGCGCUUGCAGUCGCUCAGUCGUUGCAAGUGCCAGUAGUAUCCUUGUCCGAGGGAGCUACGUGCGGUUGCGCUCAAUUGAGCUCAACGUUUGGCAACAAGACCAUCUUCAGCAACUCUACUGCAUACGCCACUGAAGUCAUCGACUUUUGGGACGUUCGGUCGGACUUGGCACCUGCAUGCAUUUUCGAGCCCUCGAGCGCCAGUGAUGUGUCCAGCGCUCUGCAAAUCCUUGCUGGCUGUGGCACACAGUUUGCUGUCCGCGGAGGCGGCCACAUGAAUUACCCGGGCGCCAACAAUAUCAAUGGCGGAGUUUUGGUGUCGCUCGCUGCUUUGGACCAGAAUAUCGUCGAUGCCGAGAGUCAGACAAUCGACGUGGGACCUGGAAGCCGCUGGGUGGAUGUGUAUGACGCACUCGACGAAUAUGGCCUUUACACUAUCGGUGGUAGAAUGAAGACAAUUGGUGUACCCGGACUUACUCUGAUUGGUGGAUUCCACUACUUUAUCAACAAGUAUGGAUUUACCAUGGACAAUGUCUUGAGCUACGAUGUCGUUCUUGGUAACGGUACUCAGGUCGUCGCGAACAAGACCGAUAAUUUUGAACUCUUCUGGGCAUUGAAGGGAGGCGCCAACAACUUUGGACUCGUCACAAACUUCAAGCUUCAGGCGUACCCCAUCGCCAACGUCAGCAUCACUUACCAAAACUUUAACGAAUCUGCCAUUGAGGAUUUCAUCGGCGCCACAGUUGAUCUUGUCAACAAUGACGGACCGGAACUGGCAGCAGGCUCGGUGAUCACCAUACAGUACAACGCAACUACGAAGGAAGUUACCUCAUUCAUCAUGGGAAUGCAAGAAGGAACGGAAUCACCCCCCUCUCGUUUCGAUGCCUUUUCGAAAAUUCCCUCGACCUCUACAAUGAACGCAGUCAUGAGUCCCAAGCAAUGGCACGCAAACCUUGAUACUCCCAACCAAAUGUUCCGAGUACAAUUCGCACACAAGACAAUGAUCCCCGAUGCCGACCAACUCUACCGGAUCUACCAGGGCUGGAAGGAUGCCGUUGACUCCAUUAGCGAUGUCGAGGGCUUGUACCCAACUUUUGUGAUGAACAUUGUUCCAAAGAGCGCCCUCAGCGUGGCCAAAAACAAUGGCGUUGGUAACGUCUGGGGCCUAGAUGACAGCCAAUCCUAUAUCAUUUGGCAAUUCUCAACUGGCUGGGCCAACGCUGAAGAUGACAUCCGCAUGACAUCAUGGUCCCGAUCCCUACUCGACUACUGGCACCAGGAGAACCAGCUCAUGGGUUUGGCGCACGAGUGGCUCUACAUGGGUGAUGCUGGAGAAUUCCAGGACCCUUAUGUUACCUUUCCUCGCGAGAAUGUUGAGAGGAUGAGACAGGUUCGCUCCGACUACGAUCCGUUGGGCGUCUUUACCCGCCUGAACUGGGGUGGUUUCAAGCUUUCUCGCUGA